AUGUCUGAAGAAGUACCUCCUCCUCCUCCCCCACCAGCAGCAUCAGUUCCAGCAUCAGCAGCAGCCCCAGCUGCCGCUCCUGCAGCAGCUCCACCUUCACAGGCGCCUGCUGUAUCAGAAUACCCAGGACCAGAGGCUUAUGGAGAUUCAUAUGCCGCCCACCAAGGUGAGCAAGAUGGUGAAUUAUCUACUACAAGAUUGUUUGUAAGGCCUUUCCCCCUAGAUGUACAGGAAUCCGAGUUGAACGAGAUCUUUAGUCCGUUUGGCCCUGUGAAAGAGGUCAAGAUCUUAAAUGGGUUUGCUUUUGUGGAAUUUGAGCAAGCUGAGUCCGCUGAACAGGCUAUUAAUGAAGUUAACGGUAAAACAUUUGCAGAGCAACCAUUGGAGGUUGUGUAUUCUAAGAAGCCGUUACCAAGAUUUAGGAUAAUUAUCAGAAACUUACCAGAAGGUGUCGCUUGGCAGGAGUUGAAGGAUUUGGCUAGGGAUAACAACUUAGAGACCACUUUCUCUUCUGUUAACACGCGUGACUUUGACGGUACCGGUGCGUUAGAGUUUCCAUCGGAGGAGAUUUUGCAGGAUGCGCUAGAAAGAUUGAAUAACUUCGACUUCCGUGGGAACGUCUUGUCUGUUGAGAGAGACGACAACCCUCCACCAAUUAGAAGAUCAGGUGGCCGUGGUGGAUUCCGUGGUCGCGGUGGAUUCCGUGGCCGUGGCGGCUUUGGUGGUCCAAGAGGCGGCUACGGUUUCGGUGGCCCAAGAGGCGGUUAUGGCUACGGCGCCCCAAGAGGACGUGGUGGUUAUGGUCGUGGCUCUUACGGUCCACCAAGAGGCGGAUUCGGACCUAGAGGCGGAUUUGGCGGCAGAGAUUCAUACCCUCCAAGAGGUGGCUAUGGCGGUCAAAGAGGCGGCUAUGGACCUCCAAGGGCUGCUUACGGUAGCUACGGCCCUCCAAGAGGCGGUUACGGUGGUAGGGACUCCUAUGCUCCAAGAGGUGGCGAGUCUUACGGUACCCGUGAAAGGUCACCUGCCAGAGAAUAA